CCUAUCGCAUAUCUAAUCAGAGUCUAAGAUCGAAUUCAUAUAUCGAAUUCAUAUCCACCCGUCUAUAACCAAAACAAUCACCACAACACAUCACAUACAAAAUGAAGCUCCUCCUCUCCACUCUUUUCCUGGCCGCGCUCGCGCGCGCCCAGGACAACAACAACGACAACUCGCUCGGUGACAACAUCGGCGAUAUUGUUGACAACGUCACCUCGGGUGCCGAGGAUGUCGGCACCGCCAUCUCGACCGACUUUGCGUCCGCCACCGACUCCCUCACCAACCUCCCGACCGACGUCUCUUCCUGGGCUGAAUCUGUCGCUUCCGACGCCUCCUCGUGGGCGACCGAUGCCUCGACGGACGCUGAGUCUGCCUGGAGCUCUGCCACCUCUGUCGGUGAGAGUCUCUUCUCUACGGCGACAUCAGACGUCUCGUCGGCUCUCGACAGUAUCUCGUCGUCCGUCAGUGAUGCGCUCACUUCGGCGACCGACAGUGUGACGACCACUGUGGAGACAACCACUACCGGCAGUGAUGGCUCGGCCACCACGACCACUACGGAAAUCACCACUUCUGCGACGGACGAUGCGAGCGCCACGCAGAGCGGCGAUGAGUCUGAGCCGACCGAUUCCGACGAUGUCGCCGCCUACGCGACCCCAUUCAUGGGCGUUGCCGGAAUCAUGGGCGUCAUGGGCGUUGUUGCUGCCCUGUAAAGCGAGUCUGAGUGCACGACAGCCGCAGCAUGUUAUUUCCAGCACAUAUCGCGAUAAAAUUAAUCCAAUCUCUGAAGAACGGAGAUUAUGAGUGAGCAUUGGUACAUUGGUACAUAAUGAUUGAUGUCGCCUGUCUUUUGAUGUAAAUCGCAUACUACAACCCCGUUCGUCGAUGUAUACAUACAAUCUUUUUUUUCAGCCCGAUUGGGCGCAAGUACGAAUUAACGAUCCUUACCUCAAUGU